AGUGUGAAUUCGCUACUGGUCUAUUUCUUGUAAAGAGCAUAUUGCUAAGCUUUUUACCCAUUUAUCCUGGUUGACUGUUACUUUAAUAGGUCCUGGCUCCACAAGGAUAAAACAGAUCUGUGGUGUGAGUAGAAAGAAACCUGAGGAACAUGUAUUUGUCAUAGAAGGAGACAUCGUGACCUGAAACCUGCCUCAGAAGCUGGAGAGUCCUGGGAAAGAGUAGACCCUGGAGUUGCUGACCCUGCAGCCUGUCUUGACUCUUUUGCCCACAGUGGGCAAGAUCCGAAUGAUGUCUCAACCUUCAGAUAUCAGUAAUAGCCGUGUGGCAAUGGAGAAUUUGACUCCGAAGAUGGAAAGGAGAGCUUGGCGUUCUUGGGACUCUGCCCAUUCCAAGGAAGAGGAGGAUACCACCAGGUCUUUUGAAACAGUGACGUUUAAGGAUGUGGCUGUGGACCUCACUCAGGAGGAAUGGGAGCAAAUGAAACCUGCUCAGAGGAAUUUGUACCGGGAUGUAAUGCUGGAGAACUAUAGCAACCUAGUCAUAGUAGGCUGUCAAAUCACCAAACCGGAUGUGAUAUUUAAGUUGGAGCAAGAAGAGGAGCCAUGGGUGAUGGAGGAAGUGUUUGGGAGGCCCUGUCCAGAAUCCAGAAGAGGAGAGAACUGUUGUGCAUCUAAAGUCACAGUGGAGGGCUUGAAGUUCAAAGAUGUGGUCAUCUACUUCUCUCAAAAGGAGUGGGAAUGUUUGCUUUCUACUCAGAAGGAUUUAUACCGAGAUGUUAUGUUGGAAAAUUACAACAACCUGAUCUCACUGGGGCUUUCUGAUACUAAGCCAAAUGUGAUCUCCUUAUUGGAGCAAGAGAAAGCGCCCUGGAUGGUUAAGAGGAAAGACACAAAAGAAUUGUGUCCAGAAUGGGAGACUGGAAGAGAAACCAAGAAUUUAUCUCCAAAGGAGAACAGUUAUGAAAUUAAAUCAUUGCAACAGAAAAGAGUCAGAGAUAGCAGAAAAACUAAUUGCCAGGUAGAGCAACAACAGGGCAAUCAGGAGGGACAUUUCAGACAAACUGUAAUAACCUCUGAAGAAAGAUCCACUUCCAUUCAGUGCACAGCCCAUAGAGGACAUCAGACAAUUCAUACUGGAGAGAAAUCCUGUGAAUGCAAGAAAUGUAAGACUUCCAGGGGCCAGUCAUCCCCUAUUCAACAUGAAAUUCGUAAUAAGGGAAAAGACCCUGAAUGUGGAGAAUGUGGGAAAAUCUUUAAGAGUAAGUCAGACUUGAUCAAGCAUCAGAGAUUUCAUAAAAGCAAAAACCAUAAUGAAAAUAAGAAAUGUGCCUUUAGAUGUGACUCUGGAAUUACUCAAUCUCAGAGCAUUGAUACUGGAGAGAAACCUCAUAAAUGUAAAGAAUGUGGGAAAGCCUUUCAUUCUAGCUCACAACUUAGUCAACAUCAAAAGAUACAUAUAGGUGAGAAACCCUAUAAAUGUAAGGAGUGUGGGAAGGCAUUUCCAUCUACUGCGCAACUAAAUCUACAUCAGAGAAUUCAUACUGAUGAGAAAUGCUAUGAAUGUAAGGAGUGUGGGAAAGCCUUUACCCGUCCCUCACACCUUUUUCGACAUCAGAGAAUCCAUACUGGUGAGAAACCCCAUAAAUGUAAGGAAUGUGGGAAAGCUUUUCGUUAUGACACGCAGCUUAGUCUUCAUCAGAUAGCUCAUACUGGUGAAAGACGCUACGAAUGUAAGGAAUGUGGAAAAGUAUAUAGUUGUGCCUCACAGCUGAGUCUGCAUCAAAGAAUUCAUACUGGUGAGAAACCCCAUAAAUGUAAGGAAUGUGGGAAAGCCUUUAUCUCUGAUUCACAUCUUAUUCGGCAUCAGAGUGUUCAUACAGGUGAGAAACCCUAUAAGUGUAAGGAAUGUGGGAAGUCCUUCCGCCGUGGCUCAGAACUUACUCGACAUCAGAGAGCUCAUGCAGGUGAGAAGCCCUAUAAAUGUAAGGAAUGUGGGAAGGCUUUUACGUGUAGCACAGAACUUGUUCGGCAUCAAAAAGUUCACACUGGUGAGAGACCCCACAAAUGUAAGGAAUGUGGGAAGGCUUUUAUUCGAAGGUCAGAACUUACUCACCAUCAGAGAAGUCAUAGUGGUGAAAAACCCUAUGAGUGUAAGGAAUGUGGGAAAGCCUUUGGUCGUGGCUCAGAACUUAAUCGACACCAGAAAAUUCAUACUGGUGAGAAGCCGUAUGAAUGUAAACAGUGUGGGAAGGCCUUUAUUCGUGGCUCACACCUUAGUCAACAUCAAAGAACCCAUGCGGGACAGAGGAGUGAAUGAAGAAAUGUCGGAAGGCUCCGAAUUUGAUUGACAUCAGGGCUUUCAUACUAGUUUG